GAUCAAUGCCCUGGCCACUCACUUUCUGAUGUUGCACGACGGGAAAUGCUUUGAAUACUUGCGACAUGGCCGCUUGCAUUGAUUGCCAAGAUUGACAGCAGUAACCAUCGUCUUCUGUCGCUUCUGUUUUAGAGUAGAGAGGGAAAACGCGAUAAAUAUACUUACAACUGCUCUCAGCAGUUUUGACAGUUCAACUUCAUACAGCCAAAGCGGGAUUCCCUCUACGGUCAGUGGAAGCGAUACACUUCAGUUUUUUUUUUUCUUUCUUUGCUACUACACAUCAGUGUUCAUUAUUUUUAACCUGUUUCAAAACCAACCACGGGAUACGGCGAAGACGAGGGCUUGUUUUGGUACCCUGCUCACAUCAAGGACUUUCUGCCCGUGGAUUUGGGGAGGAACUUGUGGUUUUGUGCAAGUAAAGAGCAUUUCCUAACUGGAUCCGGCGAGCAGAUACCGACAGAUCGCAGACGAACGCUUAUGGUGCCAGAUUAUUUUCAUGAAUUCAAAAUCAACUCACCAGUGAUCUUUGGGAGCUGGGGAUAAAGUCUUUCUGUUUAUAACCCAAAUGCUGAACAUGGAGGGCUUUCUGCGUAGCAGCUUUUUACUGAGAAUUUGAGGAAGUGUUAUGCCAUCCAGCGCUGAAGUGCUGUUUGAAGACCAGAGAGGGACAGGAGCGGCCAGACAGGCUGAGGGGGACGUUAUCAGAAUCAUGUCUUCCAAGCAAGCCACCUCUCCAUUUACCUCGACCCCUGAUGGAGGUGAGGAUGGAGUGAAUCAGGAGCGUAUGCCCUGGGAGAAGGAGGAGAACUCAGAGUCGCUAGUUGCCCCUCAGCUGCCCCUGCACAAUCUGCUCCACAACAAACCUCCUCUGGAGGAGCUCCAGCCAAUCAGCAGCAGCGUGCCACCCGAAUCCGACUGGGACAGCCUGAUGUCAGCCCAGCAGCGCAUGGAAUCGGACAGCAAUAAAGUAUGUUCCUUAUACUCCUUCCGGAAUAACUCUACCUCUCCACACAAGCCAGAGGAGGGGGCCAGGGAGCGCGGUGACCUGCUGAGCAGCUCAGCCUUCGGUACGCCAGAACGCCGCAAAGGAAGCCUGGCCGAUGUGGUGGACACACUGAAACAGAAGAAACUGGAGGAGAUGACAAAGACAGAACAAGACGAAUCCUCCUGCAUGGAGAAACUCCUUUCUAAAGACUGGAAAGAGAAGAUGGAGCGACUGAACACUGGCGAGCUAUUAGGAGAAAUUAAAGGUACUCCAGAAAGUCUUGCAGAGAAGGAGCGACAACUCUCCACCAUGAUCACACAGCUCAUCAGUCUACGAGAGCAGCUUUUGGCAGCCCAUGAUGAGCAGAAGAAACUGGCCGCCUCUCAGAUGGAGAAACAGCGUCAGCAAAUGGAGCUGGCACGCCAACAGCAAGAGCAGAUUGCCAGACAACAGCAGCAACUUCUGCAGCAACAGCACAAAAUCAAUCUCCUCCAGCAGCAGAUCCAGCAGGUCCAGGGUCACAUGCCUCCGCUCAUGAUCCCCAUUUUUCCACACGACCAGCGCACUCUGGCAGCAGCCGCAGCAGCUCAGCAGGGCUUCCUCUUCCCCCCAGGCAUGUCCUAUAAGCCAGGUGAUAACUACCCGGUGCAGUUCAUUCCAUCCACAAUGGCAGCUGCUGCCGCGUCAGGACUCAACCCUCUCCAGCUCCAGCAACUCUACGCCGCCCAGCUGGCCAGCAUGCAGGUCUCUCCAGGAGCCAAGAUGCCUCCGCUGCCCCAGCCCCCCAAUUCUACUGGGCAGAUCUCCCCGUCUGGCUUGAAGAACGAGAAGAGGUCCUCAACCCCCCUGGCUCAAGUCAAGGAGGAGGGAACGCAGCCUCUCAACCUCUCCGCCCGGCCUAAAACAGCUGAGCCCAUCAAAUCCCCAACAUCCCCAACACAGAGCCUCUUCCCAGGCAGCAAGAGCAGCCCCAACAGCCUGUCCAAGAGCGGAGACAUACCCAGUCCCAUUGGAGGAUUGGGACGUGGCUCGUCUUUGGACAUCCUGUCCAGCCUGAACUCGACGGCGCUGUUUGGAGAUCAGGACGCAGUGAUGAAGGCCAUCCAGGAGGCGAGGAAGAUGAGGGAGCAGAUUCAGAGAGAGCAGCUUCAGCAUCAUCAGCAGGGAAUGGAGGUCAAGCUGUCUGCCCUCACCAGCAUGGGCUUGAACAACUGCAGGACUGAGAAGGAGAGGUCUCAUUAUGACAACCUGAGUCAUCACUUGAGCAAACUUGGCGAAGAUGGAAAGAUUGGUCAUAGAGUCAUCGACCUCACCAGGCCAGAAGAUUUCGAGGGGUGUAAGGAACUGAAUGGCUGUGCAGAUAAACCACAUCAGUAUUAUUGUUGGCCAACAGGAGGCGCCAGCACUACCGAGGCACGGGUCUACAGGGAACCCCGGGGAAGGAACAGCAACGAACCUCACAUCAAACGGCCCAUGAACGCCUUCAUGGUUUGGGCCAAAGAUGAGCGCCGCAAAAUCCUUCAGGCCUUCCCAGACAUGCACAACUCCAACAUCAGCAAAAUCUUGGGAUCUCGCUGGAAGUCCAUGACGAACCAGGAGAAACAACCGUAUUAUGAAGAGCAGGCACGGCUUAGCAAGAUACACCUGGAGAAAUACCCCAACUACAAGUACAAACCCAGACCCAAGCGCACCUGCAUCAUCGACGGCAAGAAGUUGCGCAUCAGCGAGUACAAGCAAAUGAUGAGGUCACGGAGACAAGAGAUGAGGCAGUUCUUCACUGUGGGGCAGCAGCCACAGACGCAGAUCCCCAUCACCACCAGCGCAGGCGUCGUGUACCCGGGUGCCAUAACCAUGGCCACCACAACGCCAUCCCCGCACAUGACGUCAGACUGCUCCAGUGCCUCGGCCAGCCCUGAACCCACCAUCCCCGUCAUCCAGAGCACCUUCAACAUGAAGAUGGAACCGGGCACCAUGGUGCCCAGCGACGCAGUGAACGGAGAGGACGAGAUGGACAUGUACGAGGACUUUGAAGACGAGCCCAAAUCGGACUACAGCAGUGAAAAUGACACACAUGAGCCGGUCAGUGCCAACUGAGGCCAAAACAGCAAGCGAAGAAUAUCCUUUUAUUAGAGGAAAGACUGAAGAAGAUAAAAAGAGAACACAGCGAACAAAAAAAAAAACACGAAAAAAGAAAAACUUGUUUCUGAUGAUAUACGUUUUGGGAGCCAGCAUGCAGAUGUGGUUCCUGCAGAUUUAACAGCUAUUGGUCUUAAGUGUUUCUCCGAGUGUGAAACAAUUUGAUUGUGUUUUAUUUUGGCUUUUUUAAAUUGUUAUUUUAUUGUUUUGUUAUUUUGUUUUCUUGUGUUUUGUUCAUGGACAAUUUAGGGUAUUUCCUACAACGUUUUUGAAUAAUAGGACUUGACGAUUGAAACAUUUCAUAUGAAUGCAUAACUCACAGUCUUACUUAAAUUCAUAUGGAUUUACACAUGUAUUUGAAUUUUUAUUUGAAGCGUACAUUACUGUUUUUGAUGGGGUUCUAUAUCUCACUCAGGUAUGCUGUACCAGCCAACAGCGUGUGAAUGUUUUGAAUCAGAACUAUUUAAAAUGAAAAAUACAACGACACGUCAUUUGACAUUUCAUAAUACGAUAAAACUGAAGAAGUCCUUACAUUUGCUGAACCAUAGAGGGAACGCCUGAAACUCCCCAUUAUUAUUAUUAUUGUUGUUAUUGUUGCUGUUAUUAUUAUUUUAUUAUUAUUAUUUACAUUUAAAUGUCCACAUGUGCCAAACAUAUCAUAAGCUUCUUCCAGCUCUUAAAUCUUAAUUUGAAAGUCUUAAGGGAGAGACUGCAUGAGUCUUAGACAAUCCUUGCAAUCUUAUCUACAAAGUCCACUUUUUUCCUCCUUCCUCUCCAUUGAUUAGCAUGUUCGAAUGCUCAGGAACUAAGAGUGUCAUAGUUCUCCAGGAGGUUUGAUGCAGUGAUCGCCCGACCACCAUCCUCGGUCUUACCCGCUCGCUUCUUAAUCACAGUGAUUGUAAUCAGGCCAGAAUGCCAAGGGGCCAAAUGGCAUCUAAUCUGCAGAAUUGGACAGGCAGCAAAAGGCAGCUUUGGUGUAUUACAAUCACAAAUUGCUGUUGUACCGUAUGUACGUUCUGCUAAAGUCUUUAGUCCUGUUUUACAGGGCAGCAAGUUUAAAGUCUUUUACUCACACUCAAGUCUUGUAGACAUUGUAAUCUUAACUGACAGAAAAUAGUCUUAAAUGUGUUCAUCAUUAAGUCUUAAGAGGACGUUUUGCAAUGAGUUAAGGAUAAAAAUCCCUUAACUAAUAACGGCACUUAUUUUCCAAAUUGACUGCCUAAGGGUACUUGAAUUGGAGGUACUUUGGUUUUAUUUACAUGCAUAUUCUGAAACGAAUAGAUAUGAAAACGCACAAAUACAAAUCUGCCAUUUUCCAAUUGGAUUGGAUAUUUUUGAGCACUUGGAAAAAAACUAAAUAACAAAUCAUAACAAGAAAAAAAUCCACACGAUUUGCUUCUUUGUAUUCAGGCAGUCCUGCAGCUCUACUGAAUUAUCCAGCCGUUCCGUAUCUCAGGCUGUUUUGAUGCGGAAGGACGGCCAAAAAGCAGCCAGCGGUCAAGGCCUCGUGUUUUAGGCUUUGGCCCUACCUAAAGUUCCUACAGUGUGCGAGUGCCAUUCACCUCCACUCACCUGACCUCUGCCCAGCCUCAAGGGGCUGCCAUCUGGCUCCCGGCAUCGGCCCGUGCCCAGGAGAAAGGUAGCGAACAAUGGAGAUGAGGCCCAUGUGGUUUAUUGUGGCCUCUCUCCAUCAAAGCGCUCGCGAAAGGCCGCGGCCAGAAGCAGCCACGAGGUGCUAGUGAGCAGAUGGAACAAGUAGAUCAAGCUGUGGGGGAUUAUUAAAAUGACUGACGAGUCGGUAUCAUCUGAAAUACGCCAUUAUUAAUGCAUGAGUCCCGCUAUUUUGCCUUUGCCCUUGAACCUGUCUGUUUCAUGGCUAACCCAGAGAUUAGAAUAGACAGGAAAUGUCAAAGCGAGGCUGCUGGUCACUGCAUUACCUACCUCCAAAGGUCUAAAAGGUACCGAUGGCUAUUUAGCGCUUACUUUUCCCAGCAUUUGACUCUAUUCAGCGCCCCUUUUUGAAAAGCAUUUACUUCAUCUGUAGAAGUUUCAAGCACUUCUUUAGAAGCUUGUAUUUGUACCUUUUUAUUUCAUUGCUUUUGUUUCAGUUUGUUGUGAUUUAUUUUAUUUUUUACAUAAGGUACAAUACUUGGCUGGGUGUCCCCUGGCAUCUGUGUAUGUUUUUUUUUUUUUUUGUUUCCCUGCUUACAAGCCAACAUUUAUUGUUUAAAGCUGUUAUAUCUGUUUGCUGGUGGAUUGGUUGAUUUGUACGUGAUUUGUACAUAUUUCCUUGACCAUGCCAAGCCAGUUCUGUAGGCUGGUAGCAGACAAAAGGACUGUUGUUGGGACUGAAACUUGAUUGCGCUUGUAUAGAUUAAAAAAACAGAAGAAAAA